GGCAGGCGGUUGCCAACGGUUUUGAGUGUAGGGAAGGGCGCGAGGGGGGAGGUCUAGGUCUUUCCGGAUCCGGGCUCGGGCAGGGGGCUAUCCGUGACAAAUUGGGGGGCUGAAGACUGGAGGUGUGGGAUAGUCGGAACGGAGUAAUCAAGUUUCCAGGAGCUGUGGAAAGAAAUGCUUUUGCUUUCUCCCAUGACCUGUAGUACCGGUGGGAAUCUUUCCUGUAACCAGAAAGCCUCCAUAUCCCUAUUCACCAAGAUUCCUUGGCUUGGAGUUUUCCCCCUUUCUCCCAAAUCUUCCUUCUCUGUGUACUUUACCCCCUGGGCUCUCCUAAAGCAGAACCAGGAGUUCCUAGCUCUGCUGUCUCCAGUUGUCUCUUUCCUGUACUCAUGGCGACAUCAGCUACCAGCCCCAGUUCACCUCUCCAGGCUGAGGAUCUCCUGAGUGAUUCAUCAGAAGCCCCUGGGCUGAACCAAGUGUCCUCCGAGGUGACCUCCCAGCUCUAUGCUUCUUUGCACCUCAGUCGUCAAGCAGAGGCCACAGCCCGAGCCCAGCUGUAUUUACCCUCCACUUCCCUACCACCUCAUGAAGGGUUAAGCAGCUUGGCCCAAGAGCUGAGUCGCAGUUUGUCAGUUGGAUUGGAGAACAACUUGAAGAAAAAGGUGAGGGAGGAUGGUUCCAAGCACAUCUUUGAGAUGGAAAGUGUUCGGGGCCAACUCCAGAGCAUGCUCCAAACCUCACGUGAUGCACCCUAUCGAGAUCCCCUCACUCCAGGUGUGGGCUCAGAGAGACGGGAAGAAGACUCCUUUGACAGUGAGAGCACAGCCACCUUGCUUAACACCCGACCCUUGCAAGACUUACCUCCAUCCAGCUCAGCCCAAGCCCUGGAGGAGUUGUUUCCCCGCUACACCAGCCUUCGGCCAGGACCCCCACUAAAUCCCCCAGAUUUUCAGGGCCUGAGAGAUGCACUGGAUUCAGAGCAUACUCGUCGCAAGCAUUGUGAGCGUCAUAUUCAGAGCCUACAGACCCGCGUGCUAGAGCUUCAGCAACAGUUAGCUGUGGCUGUGAAUGCUGACCGCAAGAAAGAUAUCAUGAUUGAACAAUUGGACAAGACACUGGCCCGUGUGGUGGAGGGCUGGAACCAGCAUGAAGCUGAACGCACAGAAGUACUUCGGGGACUCCAGGAAGAACGCCAGGCAGCUGAACUCACUAGAAGCAAGCAGCAGGAGACAGUAACCCGCCUAGAACAAAGUCUUUCUGAGGCCAUGGAGGCCCUGAAUCGUGAGCAGGAAGCUGCCAGACUACAGCACCGGGAAAGAGAAAUGCUGGAAGAGGAAAGGCAAGCUCUGAUGUUAAGAUUGGAGCUAGAACAGCAGCAGUGUCGAGCCCUGCAGGAAGAACGGGAUGAGGCUCGUGCUGGGCAGCUCAGUGAGCAUCGACAGUUGGAGACACUUCAGGUGGCCCUAGAAGAAGAACGACAGACCUGGACCCAGCAAGAGCGCCAGUUUAAGGAACGCUACCAGGCACUGCAGGAGGAGGACCAGGCUCAGUUGGAAAGGGAGAAGGGGAACACGCACAGGGAGGCCCAGGCCGCCCGGGAGGCCCAGCAGCAGCUGGCAUCCAUGCAGUCUGAGGUGCGGCGGUUGGAAGGAGAGCUGGAUAUAGCUCGGAGAGAGAGAGAUGCUCUGCAGCUGGAAAUGAGCUUGGUGCAGGCCCGGUAUGAAAGCCAGCGGAUCCAGCUGGAGUCAGAGCUGGCCGUGCAGCUGGAGCAGCGGGUGACAGAGCGGCUGGCGCAGGCUCAGGAGAGCAGCUUGCGGCAAGCAGCCUCCCUGAGGGAACAUCACAGGAAGCAGCUGCAGGACCUAAAUGGACAGCACCAGCAGGAAUUGUCCACUCAGUUGGCUCAGUUCAAGGUGGAAAUGGCAGAACGAGAGGAAAGGCAACAGCAGGUGGCUCAGGACUAUGAGCUCAGAUUGGCCCGGGAGCAAGCUCGAGUGCGGGACCUGCAGAGUAGGAACCAGCAGCUGGAGGAACAGCGGGCUGAGCUUGUAGAGCGACUCCAAGCCAUGCUGCAGGCCCACUGGGAGGAGGCAAACCGACUGCUCAGCACCUCUGCCCUGCCUUCUAACCCCCCAGUCCCUACCACCAGCCCCUGCAGCCCUGGGCCACACGAACCAGAGAAGGGGGAGAGGAGGGUCUGGAAUAUGCCUCCCAUGGCUGUGGCCCUAAAGCCUGUGUUGCAGCAGAGCCGGGAAGCAAGGGACGAGCUGGCUGGAGUGCCACCUGUUCUUUGUAGCCCCUCCCCAGAUCUUAGCCUCCUGCUGGACCCCACUUUCCAGAGCCAACAUUCCUUCCAGGCCCUGGAACCAAAGCCAGAUCUCACUGAAUCUUCAGAUGGGGCCUUGCAUCCCAAUCACAGAGCAGAACGGCCAUUCCCUGAGGAAGAUCCUGGAUCAGAUGGGGAUGGCUUCCUAAAGCCAGGGCUGCUGCCCCCUUCUCAGCUCGAGGGCCUCAAGCAUUUUUUGCACCAGCUGCUGGAGACAGUACCCCAGAACAAUGAGAACCCCUCUGUUGACCUGUUGCCCUCUAAGUCUGGUCCCAAUCACUUGCCUGUCCCAUCUUGGGAGGACGCCCCUCAAGUGCCACAACUCCCACCCCCUGUCCAUAAAACUAAAGUGCCCUUAGCCAUGGCGUCCAAUCUUUUCCGGGCCCAUGAGCUUCCCUCAACCCACUUACGGAGCAGUGGCCCCAGCAGUGGCUCCCCAGAGAGAGGUGGAGAUGGGCUCGCAUCCUCGAGGCAACUGAUGGAGGUGUCUCAGCUGUUACGACUGUACCAGGCUCGGGGCUGGGGGGCACUGCCUCCUGAGGACCUGCUGCUCUACCUGAAGAGGCUGGAGCAUAGCGGGACUGAUGGCGGCCGAGGGGAUAGUGUCCCCAGAAGGAACACAGACUCCCGCUUGGGUGAGCUCCCCCGGAAAGAGGCUCCCUCCCAGGCUCUCCCUCGCCGCCUUGCCACAGUUCCUAGGAGUGAAAAACCUCCGGCACGCAAGAAAAGUGGGCACCCUGCCCCUGGUAGCAUGAGGAGUCGGGCAGGAAUCUGGAGAUAAGCCCCUUGGCCUUUCUUCUCUUCUUUGUUCUCUUAUUACUAUUUUAAUAAAUGCUCGGUAGUCUGUAUUAGAGUCUGUGACUCAGGAAUUUGGCAAAUGGAGGUUUUACAGGAAAUUACUUUGUAAAGAAACCUCAUUUUAUUCUGUUUGAGUAUGUUUUUCAUAUGUUUCUAUUUUAUAUUAUGUGGAAAAAGACAUGAAGACAGCCUUAUGGCUAGAUUGGAGAAGUUUUAAUGAGCCACGUUUCAAUGUUUUAAGAGUAAAACCCACAGAGUAAUUAUUAGCUCUGGUUGGUAGUAUCAUUUUGAAUGAUUUUUAUUUUCUUUAUGUAUUUCUGUGUUUUCCAAAUUUUCUAAAACAAGCAUGUAUUAUUAAUCAGAAAAAAACCAAACUUUUAAUAA